CUUUUCUUCCAUGGCUUGUAAAGUGUGACGCUCUUUGAUAGAAAGCGAGGAUCCGCCGUGAAAUGUCUAAGAUGGCAGAGCUGGGCAGGACUGUGAGGGUGAGUGGUCUGCCCACAGAAUUAGAGGAGGACAGGUUGGAAGACAAAAUAUUAAUCCACUUCCUAAGAACCAGGAACGGAGGAGGGGAAAUAGAUUCUGUCACCACCAUCAAGGCAGCGUCUGCUUCUGCCCUCAUCACCUUUGAGGAGAGUGAAGUGGCACAGAGAGUUAUUCAACAAAACCAGCAUAUUCUGGAAGUGGAUGGGAAGAAGUAUCAAUUGACUGUGACUGAGCAUCAUGAAGGCCUGGACGCAGACAAGGUCAUCUUAAGUUUAUCAGCAACUCUGAACUGCAGUCAGCUGUCCGGAGGAAGAACGGCACUGACGAGCCUUCAUAGGAGCAACCCCGAUGUCCAGAUAAACUAUAGCACUACUGGGGAAUUUUGCACAUUGAGUGGCAGCUACUCCAAAGUCCAGGCUGCAUUGGCUCAGCUGCUUGGUCAAACUGAAAGUCCACAGUCAGAACAAAACUCAGGUCCUCUAACCAACAGUGACUACAACCCCAGUCAUACGACACCAGCACCUCAUGUUCAGGAGUCAGAUGAUCAAACCAGGAAGCGUAAUAAGAAAAGAGAAAAACAAAACACUGAGAAGCAAUUUAAUGAAUACAAAUCGAGUGUAUAUCGGGAUCUGACUCCUGGUGGUUAUGCCUGGGAAGACACUGGCCAGGUAGAAGGUGCAACUGCUCAGCCCCCUGGUCUCCCUCCCACAUCAGAUGACGACUUUUCACUUAUUGUGGAUGCGGACAUGUUCCAGUACCUGCAGAAGCAAUGUGGCGAGGAAUACCACCACAUCCUCCGUCAGUACAACGUUGAGGUCGUGGACUUUACACAUCAGGGACUGACCACUCUGCUUCUACAGGGGGAGGGUAGUCGUGAUCAAGAGCACCUCAGACGGGCAAAAAAGGAAAUAAGUAGACUCUACCAGGAAAAUGAGACCAAGAUCUGUCGAUCGCAGCUACCUAAAAGCAUCCUGUCCCCCAAAGGAGGCCUGAAAAGGGCUUUGGAGAAAUUAAAUCUCCGACUCCCCAAGCUGCUUCUGAAUGAAGAUGAGAAAAAUGUUUAUAUUAUCGGGAGCAGUGAUUAUGUUUCUGAGGCUAAACAGUUUCUUCUCCUGGAUCAUGGUGAGGUGGGGGGCAAAAAGGAGGAUGAAGUCAGCCCUCGAAGGUUUUCAUUUGAUUCAUCAACGUCUGCUGAUGAGGCAAGACCGCCCCUCGGUGUUUCCCCCGCUGCCAGGCCCGUGGAUGAUCUCAUAGAUCAGAUGGUAAAGUCAGGGGAGGAUGAAAAGAAAGCUGAAGGAUCCACAAAGUAUAAAAUUGCUGCUCAGUUUAAAGACUCAAGGCUGACUCCAUUAGGUGGGAAAACCACUGACUUUACCUUACGAGGGUCUUCCUAUUCUAACAGACCAACACGUCCAGGUCCGAUGUUAGGACAUGAUGUACUGAUGGAAACCAAAGGGACCAGUGAGGAAAGAGUCUCUGGAGCAGGCGCACAAAACAGCGGAGGGGAUGUCUUGUUUAAAAUAGGCAAUGCUUUUCCGUCAUCUGUCUCUAUGCAGAAUAAAACCUCUCCGACCUCAGAUUUAUUGGAUACUCGACCAAAAGAUUCAGCAUUUUCCAUUAGCACAAGUCCGUUUGAUAAGUUAGGAGGUGGUAGUCUUCCACCUGCUGGAUCUGGAGCCGCCUUAAAGCGAGCCAGUAGUUUCUCAGGAAUGACACAGCAAAAGACUCAAAAUAUAAGUCAGGAGAGCCAAGACGACCCAGUCAAAGCCAGAGGCAGGUCUUCCAGUUUCAGUAACAGCACAAAGACAGACAAGCAGGAAGUCUACAGCGCAGAGAUUACAGUUAACCGGGUGAUAUGGAGGUACAUUAAAGAAGCGUACGGUACCAGGGUCGAAGACCUGACCUCAGAAGUCCACAUGAGAGAGAAACGCUCAGAAGGUACGCCUGGUCCCGUCAUUGUUUUAAAAGGAGCAAACAAAGCCAAAGUGAGCUCAUGUCAGCUGGGUUUACAGAAGCUCAUCGAUACCGUGGGAGAAGACUUUGCUGUGCAGUCGCUGAAACUGUCAGAUCUUGGUGUCACUGAUGCAGCAGAUGAAAAUUUACAAGCGUGUUGUGAUGAGAUCCGUGGCCAGUUCAGGAAGGUGACUCCUCAGAUUUUAGAGAAGAAUUUAUAUCUUUUAGGUCCACAGCAGUUGUGCUCUCAGGUUUCCGCGUUUUUGUACGAGGUAUUUUCUGGAGGUUCAGCCCAAAUAGCUGAACACGACUUUUCUAACACCUCCCCGAAUCUGCAUCAUAAUGGAAAUCUGCAGCCUGUAGCAGUGGGUCACACGGGUAAAACUGAGGUGAGAGAUGGUUUUCAGGAAAAGCCAGAUCUUAUGAAUGGAUCUGUCAGUCAACUGUCACUGAGGAAAGACCCUGUCAUUAAGGAGAAAGUGAAAAGGACAAACGCCGUGCAGGUAGAUGGUCGUAAUGCUGAGGAAUAUGUCGGCAGCUCUGCAAAAAAUGACAGCGUUAAUGGAGCCGGGUCAGUAACAGCUGAUGGCGUCAAAAACAUGACACUACGGAAGAAGGACAAAGACAUUAAAGACUCCACAGGAGAAUCCACAUCAGGUCAGGGAGUCCCGGCGUUUAUCUGUGUCUGUGGGACUGUCGGCACAUCACUGAAGAAAACUGAGUGUGGGGUGACCAUGUGUUCGAAGUGUCUGGACAAAGUGCACAUCCACUGCAGAGUCUGUCAAAAGAAGGAGCCCACAUCCUGGGGCAUCAGUGGCAAGAUGAGCUCCUCGAAACUACACAUCAGCUUACCAGGUUAUAGCAGACACCCUGCUAUCAAGAUCACCUACUGUAUUCCUGACGGUAUUCAAGGGGAGCAUCACCCUUCACCAGGAAAACCAUUCCAGGGAGGUACGUUUGAAGCGUUUCUCCCAGACUGCGAGACCAGCAGGAAGCUUCUGCCAAGGCUGCAGGAAGCCUUCAGGCAGGGACUCACCUUCACAGUGACGGGUAGAGACACCGGAGCCAGGGUCAUCUGGGACGGCAUCCCACACAAGACCAGCGUAUACGGAGCCAAGUCAGGGAACGGUUACCCAGAUUCCACUUACUUGACUCGCUUGUCUGAGGUCUUGACCUCUCAUGGAAUCGAGGAGUCACCGGCAAAAUCUCAGAAAUAAAUGCAAGAGAAGUGGUUUUGGAGUUUAGAGCCAUUUGCACUCUGUUCUGUUUGUCGAUAAAAAUUCCAGAUUAUAUGGCUCAGUUGUACAACGUCCAUAAUGUGUAAUGGUUUAUGUAGGAGGUGAAGUGUUUUUCUGACAGUAGAGUUAUGGGUGGACUUUUGUAAUCAAUGUGCCUCUCUGAUGAGUAAUAUUUUAAAGUUAGCUUCAUUUUUUUCACCUAACAUUCCUCAACAGUUUUAUAUCUGAUUUCAUAUUACUUAUUACUGUUUUAUAUGGUUUAGUUCACAUAUUAUUGUACAGAUGUGUGUGUUAUUCAGUCAGAAAUUGGUUUUUAAGGAGCCACUGUUGCAAAAUUGUUAUGAAAUUGAUUUAUUUGUUAGCUAGAUCUUUGUUUUUAUUAAUUUUAGUCUGAAAUAAAAAAACACAUCCCCUGACUUUUUUUGUUAUGCUUUUUUUAUUAGUCCUGGAAAACAUGUAAGGCAUAUGGUAACAUUACACACUGAAGCGUUACAAGCUCUAGAGGCCAUGUGGACAACAUGGCACCACGCAGUAAACCCAGAGUCAAGCACAAAAGCAGCAUCAAUUCAAAGGGUUUAAAAAACAAAGUUGAGACGAGAAGAGUGUUUGCAACCAGGAAAAAUACAAUACAAUUGAGGACAGAGUGGAGGAGAACUAGCUUAGAAAUCAACCUGUUGGGUAUGCCUUGUAGAAAAUGACCAGUGGUGUCUGAACUCUUAACAGGAGGUGAGUAGCAGGAUGGAUGUUAAGUUUCUGAAGCAUUCCCAGAGAUAGGUUAAGGUAUCAUGAAUGUACCAGUCGGCCAUGUCGGUGCCCAUGCUGAAGGUGAGGACAGGGAGUCAGGUGGGUUGGCUGCAGUUGGUAUUUUGAUACGACUGGAAGAGCAUUCUCCUCCCUCACAUCACACCACUACAUGAUAACUAAACUACGGUGAAGAAACGAGAGCUGUAUAUACACAUGCUUUACUAUCUGAGCAACUAAACAUGCAUUCGAGUUCUGUACAUGACAAGCCCAGCCAGGUUGUACUUUCUUAGCAUCUUUGUAAUGUUACUUGGAUGUUGCUGUACUAUAUUAUCAGUAAAAAAAAAGCACUGCUUAGGAUCCAUAAGCUGCAGGCAGAUGUAGUUGUUGGGGUUUUUCUUUUAGUGUGGAAGAGUGAAAGAGUGGCUCCGCAUGUGGAAAUAACCCACUGACUGAGUUCUUUCCUCUGAGUACUAAAGCUUACAUCAAACACUGAAGGAAAUUGGUGUGACAAUUGUGCAGUGAACUCAGUGAAGGAGGAUGUUGCUGUGUUAGUAAAAUCAAGUGGUUUCUCAGAUGAGAAGAAUAGCUGUUUGGAAUGACCUGAGAAAUCAUAUCAAAAGAAAGAAAUUCACCUCAAAAGCUGAACGGUGGGUGACUGUGAGGGACUUGGCCAAGACUGACAGAAGGGACAGUAGCUAUAGGGAAUGCUACACUCAACACCUUAGUGCAUUUUUUUUUUUUUUUAGACCUAAACCUACAAGUGCUAAUUGGUAAUAUCAAAUGUAAAACGUCAAGAAAAUGACCACGUUGUUUUUGUUUUUACUUUGAAAAACUCUUUCUCCCGUGCAUCUCUGAGUUUGUACGUGCUCUACACUUGCAUAAGUGACUGGAAAAGCAUUUCAAGAUGACAGAAACUGCAGCUUCACCAUUGUGGAAAAGUUCUUAGGCAGCCAGCCAAAGCAACAAGAGGGGUGGGCUUAGGUUUAACCAACGGAUCCACUUGAACCCGAACCCCCGACAUUAAAAACACCCGCCCCACUGAUUGAGUUCAUCUCAAAGGCAUCUUAGCUA